GCCACGGUGCCACCUUCCACUCCUAGAGAGAGACACCGGAACCCUCUCUCUAGACACACUGUCCUUAUUUAGAGAGGAACAGGUCUCUCUUUCAGUUUCUCUCUCUAAACUUCACUCUCUCUCUCUCCUUUGUCCCAUCUCCGUCUGUCCGAAGCAACCAAACUCGCCGGAAAAUUCAUCUUCCGGCGAAAACAAUGCAAUUGAAAUCAGAAAUUUUCAAAUUGUUUUGAUAACGAAUCAGCUGAUCUCUUGAUAACUAUAUAUACAAUUUGACGCAUAUAUAUAAAUAUAUAUAUAUGCUUCUCUGUCUAAAAUGUCAGUAUACGACGCAGCGUUCGUGAACAGCGAGCUCUCCAAGCCAACAUCAAUCUUCGGGCUCAAACUAUGGGUGGUGAUCGGGAUAUUCGUUGGAGCAAUCAUCGUUCUCAUUCUCUUCCUCCUCUCUCUGUGCAUCACCUCUCGCCGCCGCAAAUCCCCCAAGCUCCACCGACCGAUGAAGGUCAAAGGCGGAGGCGGCGAACUCACUCCGGUGGUAUCUAAGGAAAUCCAGGAGAUCGUGCACGACGCCGCACCGGAUCACCGCCCGCUGGUUCCUCAGGCGGUGCCGGAGAUCCAGAUCGACAUAGGUAAGGCCGAGCACAGAGUGGUGUUCUCUGAUCGGCCGUCGAGUGGGGAGAGCAGGUCCACUAGUGCGACGGAUACGGCGUCGUUCGGCGGAGGUGGAAUGCCGGAGGUGUCGCAUCUAGGGUGGGGAAGGUGGUACACGUUGAGAGAGCUUGAGGCCGCUACCAACGGUUUAUCUGAUGAAAAUGUGAUCGGUGAAGGUGGUUAUGGUAUUGUGUAUCAGGGUAUAUUGGCGGAUAAUACUCGAGUGGCGGUGAAGAAUUUGCUGAAUAACAGGGGUCAGGCUGAGAAGGAGUUUAAAGUAGAGGUGGAAGUAAUUGGGCGUGUAAGACACAAAAACCUUGUCAGGUUGUUAGGAUACUGUGUGGAAGGGGCUUACAGGAUGCUUGUGUACGAGUAUGUGGACAAUGGAAACUUGGACCAAUGGCUUCAUGGAGAUGUUGGGGAAGUCAGCCCUCUAACUUGGGAUAUUCGAAUGAACGUUAUAUUGGGAACAGCAAAAGGAUUGGCCUAUCUUCAUGAAGGCCUUGAACCUAAGGUUGUUCAUCGUGACGUAAAAUCUAGCAACAUACUUCUGGAUCAACAGUGGAAUCCCAAGGUGUCUGACUUCGGGCUUGCUAAGCUCUUAUAUUCUGAGAGGAGUUAUGUGACUACUCGUGUAAUGGGAACAUUUGGCUAUGUUGCACCAGAAUAUGCUUGCACUGGUAUGUUGAACGAGAAGAGUGAUGUUUAUAGCUUUGGAAUACUUAUAAUGGAAAUAAUUUCUGGGAGAAACCCUGUUGAUUACAGCCGACCACAGGGAGAGGUGAAUUUGGUGGAUUGGUUGAAGACAAUGGUAGGAAAUCGAAAAUCUGAGGAAGUGGUGGAUCCUAAGUUGCCGGAGAUGCCUGCUUCAAAAGCGCUGAAACGAGUCCUUCUGGUUGCUCUUAGAUGUGUAGAUCCUGAUGCACUAAAGAGGCCCAAAAUGGGACAUGUUAUCCACAUGCUUGAGGCAGAUGACUUGCUAUUUCGUGAUGAACGGAAAAUUGGUAGAGAACCUUCCCUUCCCCAUCGUGAUCAUAAAGAAGUGAGUCACGCCCUAACAAAAUUAGGUGAUAAACAGUUUGGUGAAGGGACUUCUGACAUCAGUGAAGGUGAAAAUGGUAGAAACCAAAAUCAGCAAACUAGGUGGAGAUAACACCAUGGGUGGACUAUAAUGGUUCGAGUUGCUCCUAAUUUUUGAAGCUCAAUUACUCUUAUAUAUAUAUAUAUAUAUAUAUAUAUAUAUGUUUUCUUCUUAUUAGUUUCCGGUGUUUUGCUGCACUGCCAAUUCCUAAUUUGUGAUAUUUUGCAUUUCUUUUAUGCUUAGUUUACAUAGUUGGGAUGCAUUUGUAUAAUUCAAAGAAUCAACUCACCAUUCUUAUAGAAAUUAUAAAUCAUUGAUUGAUAUUGAUUUGAUUU